CAUCCGUACUCCCCCAAACCCUAUAUGUCUGCACGCAAUCUACUCAGUAGUUUGAAAUUCUUCGUUGGAGAGUUCCAGAUUCGGAAUAAAGAAUAAAAAUAAGCAGAAACGUCAUACUGCAUUUCUUAUAAAAUGCGAUUCUGAGAGCUCUAAAUCUCAUCUUUUUCAAUAGAGCAAGGCCUGAUACUGUUCGAUCCUAACGCGCAGGAAGAUUCCAUGCACCUUCCUUGCAAUUUCCUUCCCUUGCUUUUUCCACUUAUCCUCGCUUCUUUAUAAUAAGAAAGCUUCCGACAGUUUCCGUUACUGUGGUUGUUGGAGACGUUUUGAUUUUGUGCUGUGCGGGCUACUUGAUUCGGUGGUCCUGCUUUCAGCUUGAGGUUCUGUAAUGGCAAUGAAAAGGAGGAUUUUAAACAGGGAGGAGGAGGAGGAGGAUGGAGGGGCAGAUAUCAUGCCUCGGACGAAGCGGCCGACGUUGAUGAGUGUUGGGAGAGAAGUGAUGCAAUUGCAGCUGAUGCAGAGGCUGCUGGUGCCGAUUCUCGAACCUACGAUUCGGAGAGCGGUGCGAGAAGAGGUGGAACAUGCAUUUUUACGCCUGGCACCUUCAGCUCCCAGAAUCUCAAUCAAUCAGAUUCAGGCAUCUGGAGCCAGAGGCUGGUACUUGCAUUUCAACACACGCCUUCCUCAUACACUUUUCACAGGCAGUUUAAUUCCACCUGUUGAAAUAGUUCUACGCCAUGCCGAUUCCGGAGAGACGAUCAGAUCUGAAGCUUUUCCAUCAAUAAAGGUACAGAUUGUUGUCCUGGAAAGUGAUUUUGGUCAGGACGAACAAGAAGAUUGGACUAAGGAGGAGUUUGAUGCUAACAUUGUAUCUGAAAGAACGGGUAAAAGGCCAUUGUUGACUGGAGAGCUGGUAAUCACACUGCGUGAUGGGGUUGGUUACUUUGAAAAAGUAUCGUUUACUGAUAAUUCCAGUUGGACCAAAAGUCGGCGAUUCAGGUUGGGCGUUAAAGUUGCGCAGAGCAGUGGCAUUGAGGAAAGGAUAAGAGAAGCAAGGAGUGAAGCUUUUAUAGUAAAAGAUCACCGUGGAGAAUUGUACAAGAAGCAUGAGUCUCCAUCCUUAGGCGAUGAGGUGUGGCGUUUGAAAAACAUAGGAAAGGAUGGCGCUUUCCGUAAAAGGUUGAGUGAUAAUGGCAUUGAAACGGUGCAACAGUUCUUGAGGUCCUGGGUUAUCGAUGCCGAUUCACUACGCACUCUCCUUGGCAAUGGGAUGUCAAACAAGGCAUGGGAAGAAACCGUUCAACAUGCUAGGAAGUGUGUUUUGGACAACAAGUUAUACAAAUACUAUAAUGCCGGGCUGCAAGUUGGGCUUCUGUUAGAUUCCAUCUUUCAGGUUGUUGCGUUAACCUUCGAUUUCCAGAGUUUCCAGUACCUCAAUGAGCUGACCCAACAUCAGAUGUUCUUGGUGGAUACUUUGAAGCAACUGGCAUAUAAAGACCAGGAAAGGAUUGUCGAACUAGAUGCACUGCUGCCCGUUAGCCCUUUGAGGCCCUUGCCUGAACUACAAGCUGCCUCCGAUCCAGGGUCAAGCCUCAUCCUUCAGAAUCCUGAUUUAAUUACAGCACAAGAAGAACAGGCAAUGCCAUUCAAUUUCGUGCAUCCCACCAACCCACCACAUCCUCAGCUCAUCAUAGAUUCGCCCAUGCCCAAAGGCAAUGAAGGCAUGCAGGAUCUUCAACUGGGCCAACCGCUACCUCCAUUCCAGGAUAACAGUUUCAGCAUCGCUAAUCUUCUCCCGGGGCCCUAUGUGAACUACGGAAACAGCUGGUCAGCAAGUGGGUCGGCAGGGACGACAGCUGCAGCAGAUGGACAACUGUUGGGAUGGGACUAUUCCCAGAAGCUGAAUUUGUUCAACGGAUCAUAUCAGGUCUCAGGCAACGAAAUGGCCCCUUCUAGUUUUCUUAAUCUUAGCCCUUUGAAUGAUCUCGGCGUCCAUAUGUCCGGGAAUUGUAAAGUCAACAAGGGGUGGCGCAAGCUCGGGGCUCCUCUCAAGUGGGGAGUAUUGGUUAGGAAGAAUGUGGCUGCUAGAAGAAUGGCGGGAUUCUGCAGCUAGUUGAAUCUCCGAUCGUCAAUUUGUUCAUACCUUCUGAUUUUAUGUUGUUUGAGAUAUGUAAAAAUAUGUUGUGUUUAAGGUAAAUGUAAAUUUUGCACGCCAAGAUAGUUUGACAUUAUUACAUUUUGCACGCCAAGAUAGUUUGACUUUUGGAUAAUGUAACUUCUUAGGGGUCUGUUUGGAUACACCACA